AUGCACCCAAACAAACAUGAAACCAACAAUGUUGUUGCAUUGUAUUCCUCUUCAAAGCCUCCUCCUAACAAGAUCCAUCAGCAACAACAAGAAUCAAACAAGCUCAUUCCGAUUUUAAAAAGUUUCGGAAUUCAAAUUGAGAUGGAUUUGAAAUUAAGUUUUGGAAAUUCGGAAUCCUCAGGGUUGAAUCUGCAACAAGAAUUCCUUCAGAGAACUGAACAUGAAAGUUACAAAUAUAAAAAGGGUACGAUGGAGUCAAUUAGGAGCAAUAAUAUUUGUAGAAUAUAUUUUCAAUGUAGAGAUCAUUUGAAAGCCUAUCAUGUUGACAUGAACGAUCAAGAUUUCUAUUCCAACAAUAGAUAUGAUCGAGUCAACGAAUCUGUGAAUACCAUUCAGAUUUGUAUUCAUGGAUUUUUCAAGUCCAUGCGAGACUUGUUGGCAUGUCCUUGGUAUGCAAACAAAAGCAAGCUUGAAGAAGAAAUUAUUAAUGGGAGUGUUGAGAUUUUGGAUAUUGACUACUCUCGAAAACAUGUAUUAAUUCGCUUGAAGAAUGAAUUGACUGAAAAACAUGAUUCACCAGAACAUGAUGAAAAUGGAAAGCAACAAGAGGCAAUAUUAAUGUUAGGAAAAAUUGAUCAUUCCAAUCAUGCAUUUUUGUUUAAUGUCACACAGAUGUCUGAAAGAAUUAAUGAUGGGAAGUUGUCACACUUUAGAAAAAUUGAAAAUAUUUAUGAAUUAAGCGUUCCAAAAAUAUUGAAAAACAGAUGUUGCCGUGUGGGAAAAGACGGGAAAAAGGAAAUGAAAGAUGUUGUCACAGAUGUUGGUAUCAGAAGAGUGUUAAUUGGUUGUUUCUUUUCGAGCAUGACGACAACAGCGAUCCAUAGAUACUGUUACACGCGAGGAAAAAAAGAUUUUAGGGGACGCAAUUAUAACAUUCCAUCAUUUAUUUGUUCACCAAAAGAAAGAUACUGUGGCGUUUUUAUUAGCGCCUCAGGGGUCAAUGGUGAAAGGUAUUCUGGCGUCAUUGAUUGUGGAUAUUACAAAUUUGAGUUGAAAAGUUGGAGUUUUGCUCUUCCCAAUAAUAAUGUUCUGGAGUCGUUUACAAGCUAUUUUAUUCACGAUAUUAUUUGCUGA